CAAUCUCUAAUGAAACAAAUUAUUAUUACAAUUGUACAGUAUUUUUGUAAUUAUAAUAAAAUUUAUUUUUUGUCCUGUUAAAUAUAAUUAAAGUUAUUUUUCCAAUAUUCAACUCUUUGUUAAUUAUAAAAUUUAUUAAUUCACAAAUCUCAACAAUUUUAUCCAUUUCCUCAACACUUAAUAUUUAAUUAAUUUACAAAAUUAUUAAUUUCAUUUUUGUUAUCUUGUCAAAUUCCUUUGUUUUGUUUAAUUUACUAUGGCAAAACCGGAACCAGAUGUAGUUAUUCCUGAAGGAGAUUCCUCAAAAGGAGCCAAACUCUUCAAGUCAAAAUGUGCUCAAUGUCACACAAUAAACAAAGGAGGAAGCGUGAAACAAGGCCCUAACCUAUAUGGAUUUUAUGGCCGUAAAUCUGGCGCAAGUGAUUACGCAUAUUCUGACGCAAAUAAAAAUUCUGGCAUUGUAUGGUCUGAUAAGCAUCUUUUUGUGUACCUGGUUAAUCCCAAGCAGUAUAUUCCAGGAACAAAAAUGGUUUUCGCCGGGUUAAAGAAGGAACAAGACCGAGCAGAUUUAAUAGCGUAUCUGAAGGAAGCUUCUUCCAAAUAAUUCUCUAAUUAUUUAAAUGUAGUACACCACAACGUCAAUAAA